UUUUCAUUUAUUUAAUCUCAUAAGAUUGUUCUUUUUUUAAAAACCUUUUUGAAACAAAAAAUUUCCACAUUUUUGCGAGACCUAACCUCAAACUUCGAAGAGUGAGUCAUAUCGCAAAUUGGAUUUGUCAAAGUUAUAAGUUGUCUGGUACACAUAGACCGUACUUUGUUAUUUGUUAAUUAAUAAUUACUGCGAGAGUGAGUGCGAAUGAUAUGGCGAGUGAUUUGUCAAGCGGUUGCAUGGAGACAAUCGAUGUCUUGGAUGAUGAGAAGGAAGAAGGUGAAAUUUCGUUGGAGGACGUUAGUUCUUCCGAAGAAGGCGGAAUGGGCCAUUUAACGUGCGGCUACGUUGUCAACAGAACACGAAAGUGUUCUGAUUGCAAGUCCUGGCCCAAAUGUGCCUCUUGGUGCACGAUAUAUCAUUCCAAGAGUAAAAAAGAUCCGGUCAAGGGAAAGGAAAAUCAGCGAGUAAAAGAAGCGGGAUGUACAGUGACAAAGCACGCAGCGCCAGCUCCGCAAGAGAAGAACGACGACCUUGUACCUAUUUCCAGCGACAGUGAUUUGGAAAUUGUAGGCCUUACAGAUACCUCUAAUCGAUCGAAAGCAAGAAUAAAAAAGAAAAAAAGGAAAAAGGAUUACAAAGAUCUUACUAUUGAUGAUUUAAUUUCUCCGCAAUCUCCUUCUAUUGACUUGCAUGUGAAAGAUUUUAAUAAAUUAACGCUUUAUAGAGAAGUAAGUCCGGUGCAUAAGAAUAACAGAUUGAAAGUGAUUUUGCCAGUUCGUAAGCACAGAUCUCCGAUAAAAACUCGAUCUCCAUUGAAGGAUUAUUCUCCAAUACAUAAGAAAUCUCCGCGAAGACUCAGAUCGCCAAAACGGAAUCCGCUGUAUCGUUCGCCCACGAGAAUACCAAGAAAACCGUCGAGACAAGAUUCGCCUGCUCGAAAAAUACGUUCUCACGUUAACAAACACGACGACGUAACGCGAUUGUUGAAGAGAGUGAAACGUCUUGACUCUACACAUUCGCCGGAGUCCAACGCUAAUCGAGGUAAAGUCCAUCAGUCGUCAUCUCUGAUGGACAAACUGACAAACAUGUUCAAAAGAACGCCCGACAACGACCGCAACAACACAACGCAUUUGAAGAUGAAAUCAAAAUGUCAAUCCGAGUCCGUCAAUCGUGACGAAGCUGACGAUGAAGAUCUAGCGUUGUUGCGACAAAAGGCAUUAGAGACAAAGCAGAAGAAAUUCAACAGACCGUUAGAUCAUCUGGCGGAUAUGGAAAUGGAUAAGGAAUCGAUCGACGCAAAAAAUGACGAUCAAGACGAAGAGGCUCUGCAAUUGCGCAUGAUCGCGCUUCGAUCUGCGAUCAUGAAGAAGCAUCAGAAUCGAGUGCAGCGUGGCAUAAGAGCGAGAAGAACAACUCGCAGCGAGAGUCCGUUUAGUCAGAGUUUUCUUCUCGAAGACGUUCCCGCGCCCAGCAACGAAUUGUUGCAGUUCGCAUCACCUCCGUGUACACCUCCACAGAAUAACAAUCACACCGAAGACAUGGAAUUGGACACGGACGUCGAGAGAGAAAAAGAGAGGUUGCCGUAUUCUCCAACUGAUAAAAUCGUACCUAUUGAUGCGGCAAUGUUGGGCAUUGAGCCGUCCGAUGUUUCGUUUAUCAACGUAAAUGAGACGAAUAAGAGUCCAAUUUUCAACGACACCAGGCAGAACGACGAUGUAUUACUAUCAACCGAUAUCUCGUCGUAUUACAACGAGUUUGUCGAUCCUAAACCGCCGGAUAACUAUUGUUAUUCGUCGUCACGAAACGAUAGCGUUAUCAUUCCCACAGGUAUUAACAAUUUGAUAAAUAAUCCGAAACAUUUUCAUAAUAACAUGUGCGAUUUGAUAGAUGGUAUUUGCUGCCGAGGAAACGAGACACACCAUCUUUCGAUCACGGAUAACGCACACGCGGAUACAACAUGCGCGUUUCCGGAAGACAAAAAUUUUCCACCACGCACUUCGAUAAUUUCGGAUAAUAUUUCCGUCUCUCCGCAAACGCAUCAAAUGAUGCAACCACCCGCGAGCACCGUUCUGUUCGCAAACGCGGAUUCGGUAUUUCGAAACGACAAGCAUACUUACGAAACGCAUACGUUCAGCGGACAUUCUAUGAAAUCUUCGACCACGUUUGCCGCGGGAUACACCGAACUUAUAUCGUCAAACGGAUCGACAAUCUAUAAUUUUCCAAGAGAGACGGAAACAGGUAUUGAGUUGAGUCUUGCCGGUGGUAGCAAAUGCGUACCGAUCAAAGACUACAUUCCAAAACCGACCACGUCGUGCCAAAUCGUUGCCGAAGAGGAAAAAGUAUCAGACAUGCCGGACGAUGUCAAAACUUCAAACAAGAUACCAACGUUAAUCAAUAGAAAGCCGGUACAUGUGCAAGAUUUAAAAUUAAACAAACAACCGUUACUUUCGUUGUCAAUGACAAAAACGUCUGAAACGCAAGAGAUUUUUCAGAAUGUUAAAUCUGUAACCGUUAGCACAGACGUGAAAAAAGACAAUGUCGUAUCUGUGAAAUCUGUGAAACUGCAACCUACGAAAAAACCCACGUCUGUGUUACUGACGCCUGUUGUUGCAUCGGACACGUCUAUGGACGAGACGUCGUUAAAUGUUUCAGAGGAUCGAAGCGAAAGUUUGGCGUCUAUCAGAAACAAGCGCGAAGCUAAUAAGCUGGAAUAUCUUGCUAAUGUUGAUAAGACACGUGUGUCAAGUGAGAAUAAUUCCGAGAUUUCGUCGGAACGUAAAGUGCGAAAACGUGUCAAAAAGAAUUUAAAAAAUAUUGAACUAACUGGUAAGAAUAUUGACACUACUACGCAGUUACAUAAGAAACACAAAAAAAAUUCAGACAACGACGCAAAUAAAAAUGUAAAUAUUACAAACGCGUCUGAUUUGGAACCGCAAACUGUUGAAUUCGACAAAGACGAGAAUAAUGAUAACAAUAAAUUGCAAGAAAAAAAUCGUAACGAAGAAUUGUCGAAGAAUCGUGAAGGUGUCGUUGAAACUGAAAAAAAUUUAUCGGAUAAUUACAGCGGUAUCGAAGUACAAAACAAAGAUGCGAAAAACAACAACUAUACGUUUCCGAUGAACGAAGAGGAACAGAAGAAGGAUACGCGAGAAAAAAAUAUCCAAUCUUAUUGUUCGUCAACAAGUAACACGUCUGACGUUGAAACAACGACAGAUGUUAAUGAUAGAAAAUCAAGUGUCGACGAGAAUGACGAGAAUGCGCUGCGAGCUAUAUUAUUAGCUUCUCUGAAAAGAACAAAACCAACUAACAACGCGAAUGUCAUUUCAAUAGCUCCAACAAUUAAUACAACAGUCUGUGGCGCGACAAACAACGUUCAAGCGCCAAUGCAGAAAUUAACAAGUCCCGUAGUGUCGUCUGCGAUCAGCACGACGAAUAACGCGUCGUUGUCGUCGGUGUCGUUGAGUACGUCGGAAACUAAUAAGAAGAAACUUAAUAAUGUAUCUACCUCAGUGCUUCAGAAAAGGAGCAGCAGCGUUAUUACGAAAGGUCCGUUGAAAAAGAUGAUAAAGAAAACACCUACCCCUGCGAGUACAAAAGUGCUAAAUAACGCGAAGAAGUAUCAGAAUAUGAUAGUACAAAGAAAAUUGAAUUUACGGAAGCUCGAUAAUGUGCGUAACAGCGCUAAGUCUAACGAGUGGCCUAAAACAUUGCACGGAUCCGAUGCUCAACGAUUUGUGAUAAGUUUGGGAUCGGACACGGACAGCGAGUCUGAGAGUGAAAAACGUAAAACUGUUUUGCCUAAAGGAGAAUGUCUGGUGCAGGAUGAUUUCGAGAAAAGCGUGCAGAAGUUCUUGCGGGACAUGAGAAAGGAACAGGAACAAUCAGCGGCCGCGGCCGCUAAGCCCGCAAGUUCGUCACCUCUGUCCCCGCAAGUAGCAAAGCGAGACGCGUCUCCGGUAUCGAUACAAAUAGAAGCGGAUAAGAAUUCGACAAACAUGCACACGCCGUUGGCUGUGAGACAUCUUCCUAUAUCGCAACAAGAAGAAUAUCGUCGUUUGAAGCAGCAAAUUUUAGAACGCGAAAAGUUGAAGCUACAGCGAACAAUAGCAAGUAAUAUAAGUAAAAAUAAUAAUAAUAAUAAUAAUAACAGUAAUAAUAAAUUAAAACUAAACGCUAAUGCGACGGAUUUGUCGAUAAAAUCUUCAGCGGAUGAAAAAACAACUAUGCAUGUUAAACAAAAUCAAAUUAAAUUGAAAGAAUUAGAGAUGGAUAACCAACCGAUGGAUACCACCAAGAAGAAAAAUAUCGACGUGGUAUCGCAGAAUGUGACGUUGUCAAAUGCAUCUCGCAUAGUUGCUACAAAAUCACAUCGCGCAGAGAAUAUUAUUAAGCACACCAAUUCCAUAUAUCAAGCUAAAGAAAUCAAGAAAACAAUACAACCGACCAAUUUCAGCGUGCGAAUUACCAAUGAAAUUGCACCAAAUCACAAUGCUGUUGAAAGCAAACCAAUUGACAAUUCGAAAAACGAAAAACAAUCCGACAAGCAACAUCAUAGACCUGCUUUGAGAGUUUUAAACAAAGACAAAAUAAAUCAGAAAAAUGUUCAAGUUAUGUUGAAAGUUGAUAAAAUCGGACGAGUCGUCACUUUAAGCGAUAACAAAUUAUCCUUGUUACACGAUACACCAGGCACCAGUCAAAGUGAAAAAUCUAUUGAAAAUAAUGUUGGUACAGAAAGUUUGAACGAGAAGGACAAAACUAAUGAGAACAACAGCAACAACAGUGUGUUUGCUAACGCAUCUACUGUAAAUCUUUCUGACUUGUCUGUAAGUUCGAAUGAAAAAAAACAAGAACUUGACAAUACGUUAGUGACUACGAUGUCGCAUUUUCAAUAUGAGGCGGAGUGCCAGCGAGAAAUCAAUCGCAAUAGUUCAGCAGCGUUGCCAGUUUUGGAAACUAACGUUAAUAACUUUUCUCGUUUGUCUGAAAUAAACGACAAAGGUGACAGCACGGAUGACGAGGUACUUAAAAAGGAUACGGAAACUGAAGCAGAACUGAAUACAUUGGCGAAUCUUUCAGAAGCAGAACAACAACAGUAUUUAAGAGAUUCCGAGCACAAAUUAGUCGCAAAACGGUAUAACGUGUUAGAUCAUUUAGCAGAAAUGUCAGGUAACUUACGACAAUGGGACAUGGAAAAGGAUUUACAAAGCAGCUUAGCCGCAGAAGUGAAGAAACUUAAAGAUCAACUGAAAAUGGCUGAGAAAAAAUUACAACAACAACGCGACCGCGUUAACAACAUGGGCUUAAAAGUUUCAAGCGCGAGACAAAAAAUUAAUAACGGGCGACAAGAAUACUUCAAGUUGUCAAAAAUUUGUUUGGCUCUAGGUAACCGGCUCCUAGGAAAAAAUUACAGAUUACCAGAAGCAGGAGAUCAACUUUUGAGUGACAAGUUCAAGGAAGUGGCUGGUCACGCCCGCCAGUUUACCAAGAAAAAACGAAGUCAAUUUAACGAAACUGUAUCUGAAAAUUGCAAUUCUAAUUUGUCACAACAAACGUCAGCUAUCUUAGAAGAAUCCAAGGUUACGGUUACGGCCGAAGAAAAUCUAUCGCAAAAACAGCUAGCUGAUGCAGAAGGUUUAAAAAAUAAUACGUCAAACUUGAAACAAUCCAAUGAACUUGAAACAAUUCAUAACGAGAAUGAAAAUGAGAAUUUAUUAAUAUCAGAACUUUCGUUAAAUCUUUCGCAAAUAUUUUCAAACAACCAAAUAACGUCGGAAAAGAGAAAAGAAACUUCGACAAAUGUGUCAGGAUCUCGGGGCAAUGAACAAAUCUCAUUUUUUAAAGAAAAUAAUAUGUUAUCUUCUGCAACAAACUUAAGUAGUAUUGAAGAAAGUCCGAUUGAAGAAAGUAGAGAACAUUUGCAAAAAACACAAAGCGUAGAUAUUUCUGACGACAUCACAACUUCAGAGUUAGAAAUAUCAGCGACAGAUUGUUCUUUACAUCAAAACGACGAACAGAGUAACGACGGAACGGACUCUUUAUCACCACUGCCGGCACAGACAACGUCCACAACGAAAACGUCCGCAAUCACACCUUACGUAUCGAUAUUGGCGCAUUUAAAGAUGCCAAGAAAUACAAAUCCUCAUGGAGUUCUAUGUCCAUUCGAAAUAAUGGGUGUUUGCAGAGAUGAAGAUUGCGAAUACAUUCAUCAGUCGAGAAAUCAAGCCUGAAACAACUUUUUCUGAACAUACGUAAGAUGUUGCACCGGGAUAAUUUAUUUCGAGAAAAUAAAUACCGGCGAAAUGUGUAGAUGACAUUACGAUUUUUAUAUAAAGCAGAUACAACACCUGAAGAUUGGUAAGUUAUCUUCAGCCACGGUAGGCUCUAGUGCACAAUCUUAAAAAAUUUACUUGCUUUAGUUUUUGUAAAAAAAAAACUUUAUAUUUUAUGUACUUUUUUUUUUUUUUUAACUUGCGCUAUACUACUAUGAAAGUUUAAAAACGGUAUUAUCUCGGUCUAUAAAGAGACCAUCUUCUGCGAGUGUACAAUUUUUACAAAUAUUGUAAGAAAAAGUGUCAAAAAAACUCCAAGCAAUUAAUAGUGUGGGAAAAAAAGAACAGAGCAAUUCGUUGUCUGUAAGAAGAGAGUUGAGUUCUGCAAGAGAAGACAGAUCAGCAACGUACACAAAUCAUCAAUGGACGACUUACAUCAGUUUUUUUUUUUUUUUUUUUUUCAUACUUCGAUAUAAAAGUUACAUUAUGAUAUAAAAUCAAUGUACCUGUAUAUAAUAAAAGAUAUAUUUUUUUUU